CAGUUGAGUUCGAGCAGAAGUCCAUAUCUUAAUAAUGAGUUAAGUAGGUUUUAAUAAAUGAGUCAGCUCGAAUUCAACUAGAUUCAAAUAAUUUAAUAAUUCGCCUCGUUUAUUAACGAGUCAAACUGAUCAAGGAAAAAUUAAACUCAUCAAUAACCCUAAUAGUGAUACUUAUGUAACGGUUUUAUUAUUAUGUUCCAAACAUUCGUUGCCAUUAUGUUUAUUGUGAAUGAUUGUUUGGUUGCUGAGAAGAAAUGGAGUGUGUCUCAAUUUCGCUAUCUUCCUCUCGAGUUUUGCAAAGUUCUAGCUGUUUGGCUUAGUUAAGGUUUUGGUUGUUCUGAUAUUUAUUUUUUUUAUUUUUAAUUUGCGUUCUCCAGUCAUUCGUAUGUAUUUUCUGAAACUGUGUUUGUUGUUUGAUUUUGCAAAAAUGAGAAUGCAACUUUGAUUGUAUGUCUUGUUACCAGAAUUGGAUCGAACUUACAGUCGUCGACAAAUAGAAUCACCAAACCAGUUAAAAUAAUGGUCGAUCCAUUAUCUUAGAUUCUCGGGGAUGGACCAAACAAAUUUUAACGACAAGGUGUUAAACCAUACAUCAGUUUGACUAGUCCUUUAGUUAAUUGUUUUAACAAAAAACAAAGUUUAAGGAAAAAAAUUAUACUCUUUUUUAUUUCCCAACCUCCUACCAGGUUUGUAUGGUGCACUACCGACCUACGGUCGCUCUAAUUGCUAAUUUAGUUUCUAUAUCGGGGAAAAAUAUAAACUUCCUAGGGAAUGAAAAAAUGAUUUAUUUUCAUUUAAUAUUUUGGCUUAAAUUCUUUGAUUCCUAACUUUUUUAUGAUCUAUUUGUGAUACAGUUCGAAUUAUUUGUUAGAACUUUCGGACGAGAAUCAUGUAGAUGAUAAUGAUUUCAGGGAUUUCCUACGGUAAUUUAAAGUUAGGUAACUUGAAUUUUUUUUACCUGUUAUAGCAGUUUUUAUAGGUCGCAUUACGUAAAAUACAAUAAGCAUUACAUGGUUACAUAACAUACAAUAAAAUACAAUAAGGGCGGGAAAUACAAUCGCAGCUUUCAUGAACGGCGUUUACCUCUCCUAUGAGGAAAACGGAAAGAACUUACUUCUCAUGGUAACCCUUUUUUGGCCUUUUCCUUACCGUAUACCCAUUCCAAAUCCGAUAAGGAGCCUAGUUUUUUUUUAUAUAUAUAUAAUACUAUUUCUCUCUAUAAUUAUAUGAGCGUCCAAAGUCUUUUUUUCCAUAUGCUAUCAAAGCUUACAAAUCACAAUGUCGUGGGCUAAUCUCCCCACUGAGAUUCUCAACUUGGUUCGGCAAAAGCUAUUACGGGAGGAUUACUUCAAUUUCAGAGCUACCUGUCGUGGCUGGAACUUCGCAGCUGAUUUCGAUCCUUCGGUCUACGAGAAUAUCAAGUAUCCGUUCUUGGUACGUUUUUGUGACAAUGGUGUCGACAGGUCGUACUCCUGCUGCAAGGCUUACUCGGCUGCUUACGACAAAACGUACCAUGUUCGUGCACCGUCCCGGCUCGUGGACGCGCACGUUUUCUGCUCGAAUUACGGCUGGCUGUUGUUGGCCAUAGGUCGACGAGCGUUCUUCUACCAUCCCUCCACCGAACACAUCAUUACAUUGCCGGUUGCAGGUUCCGAUAGAGAGGUCCCGUUUCAGUCCAUGAGCUUCUCGACCACGCCUGUGUCUCCGGAUUGCGUGGUUUUCGGUGUGAGGGAUUCGAAAACCAAGGAGAAUUCGUGUUUCUCCGUCGUCCGGCGAGGACAGCGUUCAUGGAAGCACCAUUCUCAUGUUCCGAACCGGAUGAGAUUGUACAACUACUUCCCCGAAACGUUGAGUUCGGACAACAUCAGGAGGAUCAGAGUUAAACCCAAUGCCUGCAUAGUGAACGUUCAGAGACGCUCCUGCGCGGGCAAUUUCUUGUGGUCCGAUUCUUCUUGCUCCCCUGUUUACUACAGAGAUGGCUUCUACUGUUUGGCUCGAGAUGGGAGGCUGGGAGUUUUCCGUCCCAAGGCGAAAAGGGAAAACAAAAUGUGGAGGCUAUUCGAUAAAACGAAAAGGGCCGAUUUGUUCAUGGAUGACACACGCAAUCAGGCUUAUCUUGUAGAGUACUGCAAGGGAGAAGAGUUGAUGUCGAUCGUAGUCGCUCCCAUGGGAGAAUACGUAAGAAUCUUCAAAUUCUGCGGGCAGAGGAAAGUGUGGCGGGUUGUUCAUUCCCUCGAAGAUCAGACGGUCUUGUUGAGCUUUGCCGGGUGUAUAGCCUUAACAUGUAACGACGACCUGAAAUCGAAAGGUUUAGCGAACACCGUCCACUUCCCGAGGCUUCAUCAGAAUGAUGAUCACCACCAUGUAGUUUACUCCGUAUCGACGGAGCAGUUCCGCUCAUUCAGAGGCGACUACACUUCCCAUGACUUGUACGAUACAAAGCUGUUGUUGGGGAGUGCUUGGGUGAUCCCUACUUUCUCUGUUUCUUACGGCCCACGGCCACUUUGGUCAUCCAAACUCCAUCAUCGAAGACAGUCGAUAGCUCGAAAAAGUCCCGUACAUCCACACUCUGUCAUCAGGAACUUGACUUUCUUGCAGCCGCACGAAGGUGUCGGUGGUGGUUCGAGGGAGAUGGCGAUGCAAGAAGCACGAGCAGGGCAGCCGUGUUUUGUUUUCACCGGCGGAGAAGGUAGUGAUCUGCUGGUCAACUUAGGCAAGGAGCCAAUCGUCGACCAUGGGAGAGAAGUGGAACUAGCUGCGAGAAUUGGGGACAGGUUGGUACUCUGCAGCGAUUACGGAAUGCUGGCCUUAUUGAACGGAAGUACGUGUUCUUUGUUAGAUCCGAUGUCCAUGAUUGAGACUACAUUGCCGACGUGGGAAGCCAACUUCCGGGUUUGCCACGCUGUGCUUCGUUUACCUCCCGGCGACGGUUCCAAAUUGCUUGUGAUGGCUUUUGGCUGCGUUACACGAAACGAUGAGGCAGGGGAAGUAGCGGAUGAGGAGGAGGAUGUUGCUAUGGUAUGGCAAGAAGGUGACGACGCAUGGGCAGUACACAAAAUCUCAGGCAAGCACGAAAUCAAGUCGACUUGUGGAGUUGUUGUGCAUCGAGGGAAUAUUUAUGUGUUAGAUCCGGCCCUCCAUCUCGCCAUGGCGGAAUUACUACCGGAUAGAUGCGAUAUUCGAGAAAUGACAACGGUUGGGUUCCCAUUCGAUCGAAGCCCGGGCGACAGUACGUUUAAGUGUACGUUGGUAGAGUCUUGUGGCGAAGUAUUACUCUUUGUCAGGUUCUAUCGGAACGGAUACUGUGUUGCUCGAGCGAAUGGGAUCGAGGGCAUUCUUGUAGACGUCAAAGUGUUCGAAAUGGAUUGGGAGAUGAUGAAAUGGAGAAUGGUGGAAGAUUUGGGUGAUCAAGCUUUCUUCUGGGGUAACAUGGGCUGUUAUCCGUGUUGUGCUAGCAAAUCUGGAGUUCAGAGGAAUUGUAUCUACUUCUUGGAAAACAAGGGCACGGAGUUGUACAUGUUUGACUACAGAGAUCGUACUAUUUCGACUUCUUUGCCCUGCCCUAAGGGUGAUGAAUACAAGGAGGUUGAAUUUUUCAUGUGGUACAAACAGCUAAGGUGAACAAAGCUAAUUGAUUGGUGAUCUUUGAGAUUCAUUGGGUUUUUUUAUUCUCUUUAUACGAAGAGCACUUACUCUUGUAAGUUGUAACCAUAAAGAAAUAAAGUUUUUUUUUUUUUUGUUGUUGUUGGUUCGAAAGAAAAAUGAAUUCAGUAGAAUGAAUUUUCUAUGUUAAAUUAUUUGUCAAAUGAAUUCUUACGUUUGAAAUAUCAUAUUCAAAUUUUUUAGAUAUAAAUUGAAUUGAAUUUUCAAAUUUUGUUUUGAAUAUAUUCAUAAUUAAAUUAAGUCAAAAGUUUCAACUAUACUGGGCGAAUUGUAUGUUUGGUCACUCGGUUUAUCAAUAUGUUUCAUGUUUGCCAAUAAAUAAAAUUAUUUCUUAUUCGUUACUAACUUUUAUACUUCAUGUAAUUUUUAGUCAACAGUCGUUCAAUUUCGUCAUAUAUGUCCUACACGAAAGUCAAUUGUGAUGUUUGACCAUUAGAAAGCUGAUGCAUCAAUCUUAAAAAAAAAAUAGCUCAGUUGCAUUAAUCAAGGAAUAAAGAUAGAAUGUUCAAACAACAUUCGUCGCCCAUGAGCGAAAAUCAAACCUCAUCACCAUAACAGGAAACAAAGAGCAAAAUUUUAUUGUUGUACUUUGUCGCUUAUGUAAUAUCAGUAUAUUUGUAAUUGUUAACAUAUUGGCUGAAGUUAUAUAUAAAAAUUAUUAUCCAUGGAUAAUCAUGGAUAUUCGAAAGCCGAUAGGGUAUAGAUAUGGUUUCUAUAUUCUACCUGAUUCUUAUAUGGUAUUGGUAAUAGGUUGAACUAUUUCGGGUAGGGUAAUGCACAUGCACUAUCCGACUCCGAUCCGACCCUUUGUCAUCCCUAGGUUUGGUUUGUGUGCGGGUGAUGAGUUGGUUCGUGUCUUUAAUUAGGUUGUUUUUAGCUAUGUUUUAUUGAUAUUGUUGAUGACCUAGAGUACUAACCUAUGUUUCUAGAACCGGACCGAAGGCUGAAUAGGAAAAGUUAGUGGUUCAAGGUUCAGUGGUUAACCGUUGAUAGAACAGUUCAUGAUAUGUAACAUAUAAGACUUGUAUAUUACACUAAUUUAAGAAUGAAGUUAUCAUUGACCAUAAAAAAUUUCAAAUUCAUAUCAUCACCAAAAUAUAUAAUAAAUCAUUCAAACCGUCUCACAAAAGAAAUCAUCAUUUUUUUAAUUCAAAUUUAAGAUUACGGUGCUAGUCGAUAGUGGACCACGUAAAGUCGAUAACAAGGUUGAAAAAUGAGAAGAGGAAGCAAAUAUAAAAUUAAUAAUUAUGGUUUGAUGGUCUUAGUUUAUGUUAAAAAAAAUUAUGUAAAGUAUUUUAAAAAAUAUAUUGUGGUUAAAGUAGUGUAGUAGUGGACCAGUUAAACCGUGGUUAUUCAUCUGGUUUUAUGUUGAACCGUGAAAAGUCAUUUGGUCCAUCAAUAACCGUUCAAACAAUGAACCAAAGCAGUACCGUAACUAGUCUGGCGGUUCUACUGAACAGCCAUUGAUCAGGUUAGUUCACUAUCUUUACCAUAAUUUUUAUUUAAAAUAUACAAUAACGUAAACU